CCAGCCAAUAUUUCAAUGGGACAGUCAGUAUUGGAUAACGCACGCCACAUUUGUCCUCAACCUCCGCCAGCUGCUCACUUUCAGUUUGCGCUUUGCAACUUCACGAGUGUCUCUCGGUUCGUCAUGGGUGUGAUGUUAUCCACAGACCUAAGUUACGGCUGCUUUCACUUCAGUUGUGCUCGAUGUUUGCCCGGAUCUUUAUUCAAGUGAGGGAAAGGAUAGUUUUGUUGUGUUUGUCGCCGCGUGUGCGGUUUGGAGAUACGGAGGACAUCACCUCUAUCACUGGCAGUAUGAGUGUCGCUAUUACUAAAUGACCAGCGGACACACUAUCAUAUGGAUGUUGUUGGACAGACCUAAGAAGAUUAGUCCCUGUGCAACCUUCAGAGAUGAAAGUGACACUUUCAUAUUGCUAAAAAAAAAAAAUCUUUAAUCCACCUGAAACCACUCCAAGGUGAUUGUUUCAUGAGGAUCAAUGGCAUGUUCUCUUUUGGACAUGUCUUUGACCUCUGAGCUCUCCGAGGUUAAAACUAGCCAAGAAAUGUGGUUGAGACAUGACACACCAGGUCCACCAUGCUAGACCGUAGUGGGCUGCAGUGUUACAGUUACAGUACAAUACAAUACUUUCUAGUCUUAUUUUUAAACAUUGCGUUGGGACCAUUGAAGCCUCAGCCAAUUUUGAUGACUAUAUAAGUCUCUGAGGAAGCGAAGAGACCAUGUGUAACAUUUCAUGCAAUGUUGUCUCAAACAUAGACCAGUUCUUCCAGCCGGUGCUGUAUAUUAUCGUCAUCGUCCUUGGCUUCCCGACUAACUGCCUGGCCCUGUGGGCUGCGUACAAGCAGGUCAGACAGAAGAAUGAGUUGGGGGUCUACCUGAUGAACCUCUCGGUGGCUGACCUCUUGUAUAUAGCCACUUUGCCACUUUGGAUUGACUAUUUUCUCCACCAUGACAACUGGAUCCACGGUCAAGUGUCCUGCAAGAUGUUCGGUUUCAUAUUCUACACCAACAUCUACGUCAGCAUCGCCUUCCUCUGCUGCAUAUCCGUGGAUCGUUACUUGGCUGUGGCUCAUCCCCUGAAAUUUGCUAAAGUCCGCAGGGUCAAAACAGCCUUGCUGGUCAGCACCGUUGUGUGGGUAACUGAAAUAGUGGCUAACUCUGCACCUCUCUUCCAUGAUGAGCUUUUCAAGGACCGCUUUAACAACACCUUUUGCUUCGAGAAGUAUCCCAUGCAGGAUUGGGUGGCGGGGAUAAACCUUUACCGCACUUUCCUCGGCUUCUUUGUGCCUUGGGGUGUAAUGUUGGCUGCUUACAGAGGCAUCCUGAGAGCCGUGCGCAGUAACGUCUCGACCGAGCGCCAAGAGAAAGCCAAAAUCAAGAGGCUGGCCCUCAGUUUGAUCCUCAUCGUCCUCCUCUGCUUCGCUCCCUACCACGUCCUCUUGCUGUGGCGCAGCAUCCUUUUCCUCACCAACCCUUGCGAUUGCGGUGCUGAAGAGAACUUGUUUGGUGCUUAUCAUGUGACUCUAGCACUCACCAGCCUCAACUGCGUGGCAGACCCCAUCCUCUAUUGCUUUGUUAACGAAGGGGCCCGUAAUGAUGUGGGCCGGGCCCUCUCCACUCUCUUCGGUCUCUUCCAGUGGUGCCAAAGCCCAGAGGCGCUCAUGGGGGCAUCCAUCACCGUGGAGACGCCGUUGGCUAUAAAGAAGCCCGAUUUCUACAGUGAGGUCAAAACGAAUGCCUAUAAAACUGACAUUGAAGUGCUCAAAGAUGAAUGCCUUCAAAUGACCAUUCUCAGUGUUAAAAAGUGAAGUUAAAUGUCAGUGAAACCUACAGCAGUCCCCUGAAGUGUGUGGACACUUACUGUAUGUGCGCACUUGAAACUGAAUUGUUUUGUGAAAAUGGCAAAAUAUUAAACCAAGUGGCAUCUUCAAAAGCUGCUGGAUCUUUUGUUAAAAAAAUUAUAUCUGUUUUUGUGAGCCAUUUUGUCAGUGACUUUUAAAGCCCAAAGUCUACUUAGGUUUUGAGGUGAACCCCUAGCUGCUUGUGUUUGAUAGCAUGCUCAAACACCGGCCCUCAACACAUGCCCUCUAUGAAGUUUUGUUCUUGUCCAGUGUCUACGCUAUUUCUUUUUUUUCUAGAAGUUAUGACUGAUAAAAUUGUAUUUGCGCCUUAAACUAGAGUUGCAUGUAUCUCUUAACCCCCUCACACAAGUGCUUGUCAACAAAAGAAUAUUUUGUUGUUGCUUUCUCCAGUAGUUUAUUUUUCUGUUUUGACUUAGUCAAAAUUGUCUCCACUUUGUGGACAAGUUAAUUACUGCAGAAACAUUCAAGGUGCAUGUGCGAGCUGCACGCAUACAGGAUGUACAUGUUAUGAUGAUGAAGCUACUUAACAAGUUGAUUUUAAAAGACUCUUAACAACCAAAAAAAGUCUGAAUAGUUUUUUAUCUGAAUUUUGAACAAUAUUUCAUUUUACAAUUUAAAACACAACAAACUUGUUUUCCUUUUUCUUUUUUUGCUUGAAAACUGUGCUUCUGGUAUCUGUAUUAUAUUUCUGUCAAACUAAAACAAUGCCACUUGAUUUGAUUUUGUUAUGUAAUGCAAUAACAUUCAGAAUUUAAGUGCGGCUUAAAGGUAUAGUUCACGUAAAAAUGAAAAUUCUGUCAUAAUUUACUCACCAUCACGUUCCAAACCUGUGUGACUUUCUUGUAGAACUCGAAAGAAAAUGUUUUCUGUAAUGUCUCAGUUUUUUGUUUUUGUCCAAUAAAUGAAAGUUGCUUAGAUCAGGGG